AUGAGUAAAAGAAAUAUUUAUUUACAUUUUCCUGCUGUACAAAAUGUCUUUCUCUCUGAAAUCAGCAUUGGGAUCUCAGCCAAUGCCUUCCUCCUGCUCUUCCACAUUCUCUCCUUCUUUCUCAAGCACAGACCCAAGCCCACCGACCUCACCAUCGGGCACUUGGCCCUCAUCCACCUGGUGAUGCUGAUCAUCAUCGGGGUCAUGGCCACAGAUGUUUUUGAGUCUUGGGAGCUAUGGGAUGACUUCAAGUGUAAAGCGCUUUUCUACUUGUACCAGGUGAUGCGGGGCCUCUCCCUGUGCACCACCUGCCAGCUGAGUGUCCUCCAGGCCAUCACCCUCAGCCCCUGGAGCUCCUGGUUGGCUAAGUUCAAACAGACCUCCUCCCAUCACAUCCAGAGUGGCUUUAUCUUCCUCUGGGUCAUCAAUUUGUACAAGACUGCUCAUUUAUUACUUUCCACUGUUGCUACUAAAAAUGGAACGUCCAACAGUCUUUUGUUCGUUGGCAAAUCCUGUUCCCUUUUGAUCUUACACAGCUUACCCAGGCACACAUUGCACAUCCUUGGCAUAAUCCAGGAUGUCUUUCUUCUAUGCCUCAUGGCCCUCUCCAGUGCCUACAUGGUGACCCUCCUGUGCAGGCACAGGAGGCAGUCCCAGCACCUUCACAGCACCAGGCUUUCUCCAAGAGCCUCCCCAGAGCUCAGGGCCACCCGCACCAUCCUGCUGCUCAUGGGUAUCUUUGUGCUCCUGUCCUUGAUGGACUGUAUUGUGUACUCCUUCUCGGGGGUAUCCUGGACCAGUGACCCCGUUCGCCUGUGUGUCCAGAUGUUUGUGGGCAAUGGCUAUGCCUCCAUUGCCCCUUUGGUGCUAAUCAGCAGUGAAAAACGCCUGAUCAAGCUUUUCAAAUCCAUGUGCAAGAAUAAAAAUAAGUGA